AUGACUGCACAACAGGCCACACAAUGGAGAAUCAGGCACUACAUUGUUAGCCAGAUUAAAGAUGCAGUGCUGAGCUACCUCAUGGGUCCAAGAUUUCUGGUUUAUGCAAGCUGUGCACUUUCUAUAUGGGGAGAUCGAAUGUGGCACUUUGCCAUGUCUGUAUUCCUGAUAGAAUUGUAUGGACAUAAUCUCCUUCUAACAGCUGUUUUUGGGUUAGUGGUAGCUGGCUCUGUACUGGUGUUUGGGGCCUUAAUUGGAGAUUGGAUUGAUAGAAAACCAAGAAAUGAAGUUGCUCAUGCAUCGCUGUUCAUUCAGAACUCCUCUGUCACUGGCUGCUGCGUAGUACUGAUGUUGGUAUUCUCUUACAAAACCGAGAUUGAGCAAAUGUGGCACGGCUGGUUUAGUGUGUUCUGUUAUGCAGUGGUAAUCAUCUUAGCCGAUCUGGCAAACCUGGCAAGCACAGCGCUGACGAUAACCAUUCAGAAAGACUGGAUUGUGGUCAUCACAGGUGAUAACAGAGGCCAACUGGCUGGAAUGAAUGCAGCUAUAAGAAGAAUGGAUCAAGUCAUAAAUAUCUUCGCUCCUCUGUCUGUGGGGCAGGUUAUGACCUGGGCCUCUAAUGUCAUUGGCUGUGGAUUUAUUCUUGGAUGGAACUUGAUCUCUCUUCUGGUAGAAUUUAUAUUCCUAUCCAGGGUGUAUCAACUAGUGCCUCCUUUGGCUGUGAAACCUCAACAGAAUGCAGGAGAAUAUGCUAUAGAAAGACAAAUGGAACUUACAGAUGUGCCAGGUAAGUAGUGUUCAGUAGGAGAACAGCCUCCCACCAACAUUUUAAAAAUUGGGAGCAAGGCUGUAUCAAUCACAAAACUGCCUCUUUGCUUCAGAAAAAUGCACAGGAUGCUGUGUACGUGCAGAGAUGGCUGGAAAGCAUAUUACAGGCAGUCUGUCUUUUUAGCAGGCUUGGGUUUAGCCUUCUUGUACACCACAGUGCUUGGCUUUGACUGUAUCACUACAGGGUACGCCUACACGCAGGGGAUCAGUGGCUCUCUUCUCAGCAUACUCAUGGCUCUUUCUGCCUUCUCAGGACUAAUGGGCACGAUUUUGUUUACUAAGCUAAGGAAGCAUUAUGGCUUGGCUGUCACAGGAGUUGUAUCCAGCCUCCUCCAUGUAAGCUGUUUAAUGCUGUGUGUGUUUUCAGUCUUUGCCUCCGGCAGUCCUUUUGACUUGGGUAUUUUCUCUCUUCUCACAAGUAAGAACUCUUCCUUAAACCACGAGACACUACAAAAGAACCAGCUGCAUAUUUACCCAUUCCAAAGAAACAUCAACCAACCCAUACUGCCAGAUCGUUCUUCAAUUCAUUGGACUAAUAAUACAGUGCUGUUGGACAGCGUGCAUGGGGACAAUCACCCAGAAUCCUAUAUUUCAAUCAUUCUUUUGUUCUCAGGAGUGAUACUAGCCAGAAUUGGUCUUUGGUCAUUUGACUUGACUGUGACCCAGCUUCUACAGGAGAACAUUCCAGAAUUAGAGCGUGGGAUAGUCAAUGGUGUGCAGAGCUCUAUGAACUACUUGAUGGACCUUGUACAUUUCAUUAUGGUUAUUCUAGCUCCUCAACCGCAACAAUUUGGGCUGCUGGUGAUAAUUUCCUUACUGUUUGUGAUAACUGGACAUGUCAUGUAUUUUAUUUAUGCUAAAAAAUAUAAAAUUAAAGAAACUGUGAUACCAACAAACUCAGAGAGGAAGCCACAGAAUCCCUCUGUCUGAAAGUCUCAUAAUCCUUUAUUUUAAAAUUAUCCUAUCAUUCAUGGAGUAUAGGUUACUUGCAUAAAAAUGUUGACUAAACUCAACACACUAGCCAAAAUGUUCCUCUGUUUCUAUUCCC